UGAGCGAGCAGUGAGCGCCUGGAGCCCGCCGGGCGCGGGUCCUCUGCUGUUCUGGGCACGCAGGUCGCGGUCCCGCGGGCGGAUGGCCAGCCGUAGUGGGACCGGGGUGGUGGAGUAUGGCGAGGAGGGCGAGGAGGAGGAGGAGGAGGAGGUGCGGGAAGGCGGCGCUGAGGGCUCCCCGGGGUCCAAGCUGCCCCCCAUCGUGGGUACCACCGCUGACCUGGCCAAACGGAAGGUGAAGAAGAAAAAGAAGAAGAAAAAGACUAAAGGAUCAGGCAAGGGAGACGCAGAUAAACAUCACAGUCGAGGCCGGAAGAAUCAGCCGCUUUCUUCAUCUUUCCACGACAUCUUAAAUCCCCACAGAGACCAUGGCUCGAGAGCGGAGCCCAGAGACAAAGAGGAAACCAGGCAAACCCUUCCCUAUUCGUACAGCAUGAACCACCCCUGCUUUGCUGGAAUAGAAGACAGCCUUUCCAGCCAGAUCAACGAGAGUCUGCGUUGGGAUGGGAUUCUCGCCGACCCUGAGGCAGAAAAGGAAAGGAUUCGCAUCUACAAGCUCAACCGAAGGAAGCGAUACCGCCUCGUGGCCCUCAAGGGCUUCCAUUCGGAUCCCUGUGUGGAGGAGAGCGUGGAGAACCUGCCCUACCUCUCAGACAAAGAAUGCAGCCCCAGCAGCAAGCAGCCCAGCUCCAAGGGCGACCAUGCGCACAGCUACUUUGAGGCCUCGAAGCUCCCACACCCAGAAUUAGCCACCACUGCUGUCGAGUGACAUCUGUCCUCCCUGCUGCUGAGUACCUCCUUGCCACACGUGUAUAUGUUUAAAAAGAAUCAUAAUAAAAAAGAAAUCAGACCUGA